UUGUGUGACCAAAUAUGAACUCUUAUCAUUUUUCUCGCACAAAUGACAUAUUUCUCAAUUUGAAUGUAUACAAUUCAGCUCGACCGGGGCUGCCUGGUCGAGCCCAUCCGCGUGGACCAAUGAGAUCCGGGCAAGGCUACAACAAGGCUCCAAAAAUUUCUGAAAUUUCCUUCUUCCACAGCUCUACUGUUGAGGUAUUUUCCAAACUUUGACUGAGUUCUGAGUUACAAAUUUUCAGAUCGAUCGGUGGCUUGACUUUGCUUCUUUACUUUGUUCCCCCACCAUGCUCAUCGUAUCUGAGUAUUGUAAAAUAUACUAUCGGAAAAUUGAUUCCAUCAUAUCUUCUUAUUCCCAGAACCGCCAACAGGAAGAGGUUGGUCAUAAUCGAUUAUGGGCUUCAACCUCAGAAUGACCCUUUUGUUUCUCUCCAUGCUUAUCAGCUUCCUUAGCCAAACCCCAACUGAAGCUGCUCCAAUUAUCUUCAACCAUAUCUGCACAAACACAACCACUUUAACCGCCAACAGCAACUACCAAUCCAACCUCCUUCGCCUCCUCGCUUCUCUCUCCUCCAAAGCCACCAGCAACCUGGAAUUCUACAACGCCUCCACCGGAAACUCCGUUGACACGGUUUACGGCCUCUUCAUGUGCCGCGGCGACCUCCCUGCCGCAGACUGCCAAGAGUGUGUUGCCGCGGCAACCAAAGAGAUAGUCGAACGCUGCACCGACGAGAAAGUGGCCGUGGCUUGGUAUGCGCAGUGCCUGUUACGCUACUCUAACUUGUAUAUCUUCUCCACUAUGGUCCUCGAACCAACCUCUUCUAUUUCAAGCACACAGACAGUUUCGGAGUCUAACCGAUUUGACGAGCUAGUGAUGGCAACAAUGAAUGAUUUGGCAAGUAGCGUUUCAAAUGUUUCAUCCGGAGAUAAGAAGUUUGCGACUAAAGAAGCGAAUUUCACAGCAUCACAAACAAUCUACACUCUGGUUCAGUGCACACCGGACUUAUCAGGUUCCGAUUGCAAUAGGUGUCUUCAGAUAGCAAUAAAGAAUCUGCCGAGCUGCUGCGCUGGAAAGAAAAUGGGCGGAGUUUUGUUUCCUAGUUGCUAUCUUCGGUAUGGUAUGUACCCAUUUUACUUGAAGGUAAACACAUCAGCUCCACGGUCAAAUCCAGCACCAGUUCCUCCACCUCUUAGUUCUGGAAAAGGUCAAAACUCAUUGCCGGCAAUUAUUGCCAUUGUUGCUUCGAUUUCUGUUAGCGUGAUAUUAUUCGUCAUGGGCUACUGCUUCCUUAGAAGAAGAGCAAGAAAGAAGUACAAUGCCAUACAGGAAGGUGCUUCUAAUGAUAUUACUACCAUAGAGUCCUUGCAAUUUGGUCUUGCAACAAUUAAAGUUGCCACUAACAACUUUUCACAUGAUAACAAGCUAGGUGUUGGCGGAUUUGGUGCGGUUUACAAGGGUAUACUUUCUAAUGGACAAGAAAUAGCCGUAAAGAGAUUAUCAAAAAAGUCUGGACAAGGAGUAGGAGAAUUUAAAAAUGAAGUUGUAGUGGUUGCCAAGCUUCAACACAGAAACCUUGUAAGGCUAUUGGGAUUUUGCUUGGAAAGAGAAGAAAAGAUACUAGUAUAUGAAUUUGUGGAGAACAAAAGUCUCGACUACUUUCUAUAUGAUGUUGAAAGACAAAGACAAUUGGACUGGCCAACACGCUACAAAAUUAUUAAAGGGGUUGCUCGAGGCAUUAUUUAUCUUCAUGAAGAUUCUCGGCUUAAAAUUAUACAUCGUGAUCUUAAAGCUAGUAAUGUUUUGUUAGAUGGAGAUAUGAAUCCAAAAGUUUCAGACUUUGGCAUGGCAAAGAUUUUUGGAAUUGAUCAAACUCGAGGGAACACUCGUAGGAUUGCCGGCACACUUGGUUACAUGGCUCCAGAGUAUGCAAUGCAUGGAAAUUUCUCUGUAAAAUCAGAUGUAUAUAGUUUUGGUGUCUUAAUUCUUGAAAUUAUAAGCGGAAGGAGGAUUAGUUCUUUCAAUCAAUCAGAUGGUACUGCUAGACACCUUUUGAGCCAUGCUUGGAAACUUUGGAGGGAUGGAUCACCAUUGGAUUUGUUGGAUCCAACAUUGGGAGACUCUUACUCAAGAGAUGAAGUCAUUAAAUGUCUCCAUAUUGGCUUACUAGCUGUACAGAAUGAUCCAGUUGAUAGGCCAACAAUAGAAUCCAUAAUUCUCAUGCUACAAAGUUAUUCGGUUCCUUUGCCAUCACCUCAAGAACCAGCAUAUUUCUUUAGCAGCGUAGGAGAGCAAAACAUGGAAUCAAAUGAGAGAGAGUCAAAUCAAUCUAAAAGCAAAUCACUGCCCAUGUCUGUCGAUGAAGCAUCUAUUACUGAUGUAUACCCUCGGUAGCAUUACAAUGGCUGAUGCCUGAUGCCAAAAUGAAGGCAAAGAAAACAGGGUGCAUCUCCCUCUAUGCUCAGAACUUGAUGCUUAUUCAUAAUUCUAUCUCUCAAGUAUUUGAGUUAUAAGAAGGUGUCGUUAAUUGCAAGUUGUUUUACAUUUUGUGGUCUUUGAGUCAGUAAGAGAUUUGGAGUCUUUCAGUUGAUUUGUAGGAGAAGUUGGUUGUUUUGCGACAAGAGUCAGUUGCAAGUCUAUUUAAAUCAAGUUUAUGAAUAAAACUAAUGGAAAGUUUAUUUUCAAAUAUAUAUUUGAAGGAGGUCCAAUUUCACUUUAAGAACCUAUCCAAAUUUAUCUCAUCACGAAGUCUCAACUUAUUGGCUCUUAUUAGACUAUCUCCAUGUUAUCACCUCAAGAUUCUUUAUAUUUCUCUUAUUGUUAGUUGUUGAAUGUUGGAAAAUUUUCUCUGGACUUACCUUUCUUUCUUUUUGUUGGGUGGCAGACUAUUACCUCAAAAUCCCAACUAUAUUCCAUCUAUUUGAUUUUUUUU